AUGACGGCCGAAAUCGUCGAGCUCGAUGCUCAUGAGCAGCCUUCCGAGGCGAUGCGGGCAAAGUGGAAGGGAUACUCGAGGGCAGACCAGAAGGACCUCAUCAACGGAGACGCUCUUGAUGAUCCCAGAUCAAUAGAGCAAGCUGAGAAAUUCUGCGUCGCCGGAAAGAUUUCAGUCGAUCAACUCAAGGCCGCCUUUUCUCACAUAAGUCCGAACGCAGUCGACACAUCAAACCUUCAAGAGGUUCCACUACUCUACCACCCACUUCUGCCAGGUCUUAUUGUCGUUCCGAAUCUGGUCCCUCCCGAAAUUCAAAAGACCCUCCUUUCUCUCAUGAUCAACCGUGAUCUCAGUGUCCCAACACAUCAGACCAACCUUCACCUCCAUUACGAGAUGCCUUAUCCCAAAGCAUCUGAUGGGUCUCCUGAAUCUUUCUUCUCAUAUCCACCAGAUCAGACGCCACUGUUUAUUCCGAAAGAUGCCUCGGUCCACAAGCCCCUAUCCAUCAAGCAGGUGAUGGAGCGUCGCCUGCACUGGGUUACUCUCGGCGGACAGUACGACUGGACGAACCGCAUAUACCCAGAAGAGCUCCCACCUCAGUUCCCUUCCGACAUCGCUCAGUUUCUUGAGGCCCUAUUUCCCGAAACGCUGGCACAAGCCGCCAUCGUCAACUUCUACACCCCGGGGGACACCAUGAUGAUGCACCGCGACGUCAGCGAAGAGGUCGACAAGGGUCUGGUCAGCCUCAGCUUUGGCUGCGACGGGCUCUUUAUGAUUGCACCAAACGAUCCAGAAAAUAUCUCGGAAGAAGCCAAGGCUACUGGCAAGGAGUACCUGCUCCUGCGGUUGCGCUCUGGCGAUGCCAUUUACAUGACCAAGGACUCGCGCUUUGCAUGGCAUGGUGUGCCCAAGGUGCUCAAGGGGACAUGCCCGGACUACCUCGCCGACUGGCCUUCAGAGGAUGGCAAGUAUGAAGGCUGGAAAGCCGGAUAG